AUGGCAACUACCCCACUCGACUCAGCCCUCACCGCCUCAACCAUCUCCGACUCCGACAAGGCCUGGCACCUCCUCGCCCUCCUCUUAUCUCUCGGCCGCCGGACCCGCCCCUUCGAGCUCGCCGCUCGAUGCACGGCGUUCCCCGCAACCGCUCAUUUGGUCCAACGCCUUUGCUCCGUCGCUAAUUCGCCAAUCUCCUUGUCCGAAGAUCUCCACGUCACGCCGUCUCUGUUCGCCGUAACCGCUCUGGCGGAGUCCGUCUCUAGUUCCUGCGGCGACGGCGCACUGAGAACGAACUUAGGGAAGAGAAAACGCCUCGUUUUGGAUUGCGGAUUUGUGACCUCGGCUAAACGGAGAUUGAUUGUGGAUUUUGAAAACGUAAAUGACGAUAAUGGAGCGCGGAAAUCAGUCAUAUGUAUUCCUCCGAAGAUACAUUUUCAUAUGACUGACUAUCUCAGCAGAAGAAUAAGUAUGCUACCAAGUAAUGUGGCUGUGGGGUUGGAUAAAUCGAUCUUCAGUUCUCCAUUAUUUAUUGAAGAUAGUGCUGGGCCAUCUAGUUGUGGAGUGAAGAACAUUGGGAAUGUAGAAGAUCAAAUGGAGACCGAUAUAACUCUGCAAAGGAAUGUUAAUAAAACAGUUAUGGCCUGUGUAGAUGAUUUAGAGCCAACUGUUCCAACAGUGUCAGAAGAUUUAGUACUUUAUGAGAUAGAUAGCUUGGCCAAAUCUUACCUAGAGAAAAGUAAAAAAACCAUUACGUCACCAGUGCUGGAUGAGAAUGGUAGUGUUAAUUGCAAAGUUGCAAAUUGUUCGGUCCUUGAAGAUGAAAGAGUUGUGGGAGAUUCGGAGGAAGAAUUGUUAGUAGAUCCACACAACCCUAAUGGAGAAGCAGAAAGUCUAUAUCAGCCAUACACUGCUGUUUCUGAUAAGCUGCCUGGAACUGAAAUCAGAAAAUCGAAUAAGGAGGAUUUCGAAGUUACAAAACAUGUUAGUAAAAGUCUAAUGACAAGAAAUGAGGCCCAGAACACAUGUCCAGCCAAGGAAUUCUAUGUUCCUCAAAAGCAGUUGCUGAAGUCCUCUGCAACAAUUAAGGUCAUUCACACGGAUAAGAUCUCUUCAAGACUGCAAUCUCUAUACGGCUGUAAUUUAGAGCAGGAUCAGGCCGUUGCCACUUCCAAAGUGAGCCUUCACCAUAAAUUGGAUCAGAAGACAAAUAGCAUGGAUCAACCAGAGAAAAAAGAAUUUCCAAAUUUUGAUUCUUAUAUGGUAGAAGAAGAAGAAGGUUCAGGUGGUUAUGGUACUGUUUACAGGGCGAGGAGUAAGAAUGACAGGACAAGGGUUGCCAUUAAGUGUCCACAUGCUAAUGCUCAUAAGAGCCAUGUUAACAACGAGUUGAGAAUGCUGGAAAGGUUUGGGGGAAGAAAUUUUGUGAUCAAAUAUGAAGGCUGUAUCAAGAAUGGGAAUUCAAGUUGCUUUGUAUUACAGCAUGUUGAGCAUGAUAGACCAGAGGUUUUAAAGAGAGAGAUAGAUGUCCGUGAGCUCCGGUGGUAUGGAUAUUGCUUGUUUAGAGCACUUGCUAGCCUUCAUAAGCAGGGAAUAGUACAUAGAGAUAUUAAACCCGGCAAUUUCCUUUUCUCUCGUAAGGCCAACAAGGGCUACCUAAUUGAUUUCAAUCUAUCCAUGGACUUGCAUCAGAAGUAUGGAAAUAUUAGUAAGUCAAGAGGGGGAUUUGAUGUAAACAGUGAUGAGAAGCUUAUGACUGCAAAAAGUAUACCUCCAAUCACACUUAGGAAGUUGCCAAGUGGUAAAUCUUUACUAACAGCCAAUGGAGAGACCUCAAAAGGUUUGAAAUCCACUUUUGAUAUGAAGGAUCUAAAGAAAAUGGCUUUCAGCCAAAUGAAGGUAAAUAAAGAUUCGGGUAGUAGAAAGGUAAUCAAAAGUCAGGGUGCAGAUGGCUCAGGCAUAACGUCAGUAAAGGAUGUUACAAGCACCAGGACUCUGUCGGCUGAAAGGAUGAGAGAACCUUUGCCAUGCCAAGGAAGGAAAGAAUUGAUCAAUCUAGUACAGGAAGCAAGGGAAAGUACAAAUAAUGAGGCGUCAAGUAUUUCAGCUCUUAUGAGAAAGAGGGUUCCUGCCCCUCCCGUAAAUGUCGAUGGCAAGUUUUUCCAUGUCACUCCAAUGCCUAUGCACUCAACUUCCAAUGGUUUUGGUGGUCCAUGCUUGAUAAGAAGCAGAGAAGGCCCUUGCGCUGGGACUAAAGGCUUCAGGGCUCCAGAGGUUCUCUUAAGAUCUCCUCAUCAGGGCCCCAAAGUUGAUAUCUGGUCUGCCGGAGUCACGUUACUAUACUUGUUGAUUGGCAGAACACCUUUCCUUGGCGAACCUGAACUGAACAUCAAGGAUAUUGCAAAGCUGAGAGGCAGUGAAGACUUAUGGGAAGUCGCCAAGCUACACGACCGCGAAUCCUCAUUUCCAGCGGAGCUCUACAGUACAGAUUGUUUGCCCUCUAUUAAAGUAAAGGAUUGGUGCAGAAAGAAUACAAGGAGACCAGACUUCUUUGAGGAAAUCCCAAGACCACUUUUCGAUCUUGUGGAUAAAUGCUUAAUGGUGAAUCCUAGGGUUAGAAUAAGUGCAGAGGAAGCGCUUAAACAUGAGUUUUUCGCUCCAUGCCAUGAAGAACUGAGAAAGCACAAGCUUCAGAGGUUGGUAUCAUAG